AUGGCGAGGGCAACCGCGCUCGCUGUGUGUGCUCAAGCUUCAACAGGAGCCGGAAAUGCCAUCGCGCGCGGCCUGGCUCAUAGGCACCUGUGCGCAGCUCCUGACUUCGUACUGGUGGCGCAGCCACCCCUGCCCCGCUUGCCCGGGGUGCCCCAGUGCUUCUUGCCCUUCGUUUCCGAGUGCGAGCUGCCCGACCUGUCCGAGCUUCAGGCCGAGGAGGCAGUGCCCGAGGGGCCGAGCCCUCGGGCUGCCGCAGCGGCGCCCGAGCCCACGGCCACGCCUGAGGUCGCCCAGGAAACCUCGGCGCCGGGGUCUGGCGGGGCGGCGUGGGGCGCGUGGCUGGCUGAGCUGGCGCUGCUGGGGUUCAACCUGCUGUUCCUCGGGCUGCAGGUGAUACGCGUGGUGGUGGUCAACGGCUGCAGCCGCCUGUGGGCAGCGGCGGCGCCGGCGGCUCCAGCACUUCUGCUUAGUACCCCCGACCUGGACGUCUACCAGGAAGACUACGGACGUGGCAGCCUGGACAUCCUGGCCGUGAGGUACGGCGCUAGCCGCAGAGAUCGUUGUGGUAUCGACCCGGUGCAGACCUACGGGUUCAGGCGGAGGCUGACGGCGGCGGACGAGAAGGUCAUCAGCGCUGCCUUGACACAGGUGGCGGACGAGGAGUACCUGGCUCGCGAGACCGCGGCCAGGCGACCUCCGGUGCUGCCAGGCUCGGGGGCGCUGUUGCUGUUCGACUUCAGCCAACUCGCCGCGGCCGCUGGGGCCAUCGUGCCCGCCGGGCCCGCCGCUCCGGGGGCGCCCGAGGCCGCAGGCCUUGCUGGGGUGGCCCCCGCCCUUGGGCCUGCGCUGGGCGCGCCCGGACUGGCGGGGGCCGCGCUGGGCGCGCCUGUGGCGGCGCCGCCGCCGGCAGCAGCUGGCGCGGGGGCGGGAGCCGCUACCGGCGGGGCCGCCGGGGCAGUGCCUGGGCUCUUCGCGGCUCCAGCGGCGGCCGAGUGG